AUGAAUUGUAUAUUACAAUGUAUUGCAGCAACACCUCAAUUAACUACAUUUUUCUUUCCUUCAAUAAAUUCUGAUAAUGGGUCAUUUUCAAUUACUAACAGUCCAUAUAAACAACAUAUUAAUAUUAAUAAUAAAUUAGGUACAAAGGGGUUAUUUACUACCAGUUUUGUUGAAUUAUUAUUGAAUAUGUUUAAUAAUAAUGAGAAAGUAUUAAAUCCAUGUAAUUUUAAACAAAUUAUGGGAUCAUUAUCUCCAAGUAAACAAUUUGCAACAUCUGAUCAACAAGAUUGUAUUGAAUUUUUAACAUUUUUAUUAGAUUCUAUUCAUGAAGAUUUAAAUCAAAUGAGUUAUAAAGAUGCUCAAGAAAAGAAAUUAAUUACUGAACUAACUCCAGAACAAGAAAAGAAUCGAGAAAUAUUACCAAUUAGAUUAGCAUCUACAAUUGAAUGGGAAAGAUAUUUAAAAUUACAUUUUUCAAUUAUUGUUGAUUAUUUUCAAGGACAAUAUUUAUCACAAUUAAAAUGUUUAGAAUGUCAAUCAACUUCAACUACUUAUAAUUCAUUUAGUAUUUUAUCAUUACCAAUUCCCGAGAAAUUAAAUAAAACCGUGAAUGUUCUGUUACAAGAUUGUUUAGAAGAAUUCUUAACCCUUGAAUUAUUGGAUGAUAAUAAUAAAUGGCAUUGUCCCAAUUGUAAACGAUUCACAAGACUGACUAAAAAGAUAAGUAUAACUAGAUUACCACAAGUUUUAAUUAUUAAUUUUAAACGAUUUAAAUAUGAUGGAAAUGGAAGAUUUAAUAAAUUGGAAACAUUUGUUACAUAUCCAGUAACAAAAGAAUUAGAUUUAACUCCAUAUUGGCCAGAUUUGGGGACAUCUAUAAGUUCAAACAAUCCAAUGACAAUUGAACAAGAAAAACAAGUAUUGGCAACAUUACCUGUAAGAAAUCAAAUUCCACCAUUUAAAUAUAAAUUAUUUGGAGUUGUUAAUCAUUUUGGAAAUUUAACAACUGGUCAUUAUACUUCAUAUGUAUUGAAACAAAGUGAUAAAUCAAAGACUAGGGGUUGGUGUUAUUUUGAUGAUGCAAAGAUAACUUUGAAUUGUUCAGUUGAUAAAGUAAUGAAUCGUAAUGCAUAUUGUUUAUUCUUCCAAAGGAUAUAG